UUCUGCCCUGCUGCUCAGAGCAUAUGAUGGAGGGCAGUGACCAGACCUCUGAGAACGCCAAUGAACAAGUCAAUGACCCUGAGGAGCAGCCAGUGGACCCCAUGGAGGACUUCAGCCGGCAGCUAGAGGAUAUAAUCAACACGUAUGGAGCGGCAUCGAGCCUGAUGCAGGAGCAGAUCUCCAUCCUGGAGUCUGAGGAGAAAAAGGAAGAGGAGGCAAAGGCUGAUGAAGAGGCUGACCCACAAGAAGCUGGUGCCAGUCCAGAGAAGGAGCAAAAAGCUGAUAAGAAACUCCUCAAGGGCCUGGGUAAAGAGGCCGCAUCCUUAUUGCAAAGCCUGAACAAGCUCGGCUCACCAGAAGAGAAAGUAGAAAUGGUGUUGAAGAAAUACACUGAGUUGGUGGAGGAACACAGGACUGAGAAGAAACAGCUGGAGCAGCUUCAGCAGAGACAGGGUCUUCUGGGCAAGCAGAGAGAUCAGCUUCAGUUCGAGCACAGUCGUGCCAUUCUGGCCCGCAGCAAGCUGGAGUUGCUCUGCAGGGAGCUUCAGAGACAUAACAGGACACUGAAGGAGGAGAGUCUGCAAAGGCUGCGGGAGGAUGAAAUGAAGCGGAAGGAGAUCACCGCUCAUUUCCAGAGCACGCUGGUGGACAUUCAGAAUCAGAUCGAGCAGCACAGUAACCGCAACAACAAGCUAUGCCAAGAGAACAGUGAUCUGGCCAGCAAACUCAAGACCAUCAUAGAGCAGUAUGAGCGGAGAGAACAGAGUUUAGAGAAGAUCUUCAAACACAGAGAUCUACAGCAGAAACUGUCUGAUGCCAAGCUGGAAGAAGCCAACAUGCUCCUCAGUCAAGCUGAAGAGAAGCACAAAAGGGAGAAGGAAUAUUUACUCACUCAGGCUGCAGAGUGGAAACUACAGGCUAAAGAGCUGAAAGAGCAGCACACUGUCAUGCAGGCCCAGAUUGUGUUGUACUCCCAGAAGUUUGAUGAGUUCCAGAACACACUAGCAAAAAGCAAUGAAAUUUACAUCACUUUCAAACAGGAGAUGGAGAAGAUGACAAAGAAGAUGAAAAAGCUGGAAAAGGAGUCAAACAUAUGGAAGACACGGUUUGAAAGCUGCAAUAAAGCUCUUGUUGAAAUGAUUGACGAGAGAUCAGAAAAGGCCAAAGAGUUUGAACUCUUCACUUUGAAAAUUGACCGUCUAGAGACUCUGUGCCGAGCACUGCAGGAUGAAAGAAAAAGUUUAUAUAUCAAAAUUAAAGAAAUACGGUCCUCAGAAAAGGCAACUCUAGCACCUGCAGUGUAUUUGCCCCAAGUAGAUGAGCUUCCAGAGCUUGUCCAACUUCCUAAGUCAGUUCCCAACCCCAUGUUGACCGCAGAGAUGAACAGGCUGCGAGAGGAGCAGAUCCGUCUGCAGGAGUUUGCAGCUUCCUUGGUAAAUUCCAUAACAGAUUAUGCUGGAGAAUCUGAUAGUGAGGAAGAGGAGACGGCACAAAAGAUUCCAGCAAAUCCUGAGGCUACCAAACUUGAAUCCUCUGAACUAGCGGAUAAACCAGAAUCAAUACAAGAUGAACCCUCUACCACAGAAGAAAACAAACCAGAGGUUGUUAGUGUAAAUGAAGAGAAGCCAUUAGUACCCACAAAUCCUGAACCCACCAAACCUGAGACGGAAUCCAAACUUUCUCAAGAGCCUCUACAACCAGAGAUCACUGAACAACAGACAGGAAAACAAGAGUCAGUCAAAGAGGAACCACGCCAGGAAGAGGCGACAAAAGCAGAAGAGACAGUCGAACAGGAAUCCACUCAGCCAAAGCCUGUCAUGAAAGAAGAGUGCAAAGAUGAAGCUGUUAAACCUGAGCUACCUGAACCAGAGCCUCCCAAACAAGAGCCCCUCAAACAGGAGCAGCCAAAGCCUGUCAUGAAAGAAGAGUGCAAAGAUGAAGCUGUUAAACCUGAGCUACCUGAACCAGAGCCUCCCAAACAAGAGCCCCUCAAACAGGAGCAGCCAAAAACUGUCAUGAAAGAAGAGUGCAAACUUGAAGCUGUUAAAACUGAGCUACCUGAACCAGAGCCUCCAAAACAACAGCCCCUCAAAGAGGAGCAGCCAAAGCCUGUCAUAAAAGAGUGCAAACAUGAAGCUGUCAAACCUGAGCGACCUGAACCAGAGCCUCUCAAACAAGAGCCCCUCAAACAGGAGCAGCCAAAGCCUGUCAUGAAAGAAGAGUGCAAACUUGAAGCUGUUAAACCUGAGCAGCCUGAACCAGAGCCUCUCAAACAAGAGCCCCUCAAACAGGAGCAGCCAAAGCCUGUCAUGAAAGAAGAGUGCAAACUUGAAGCUGUUAAACCUGAGCAGCCUGAACCAGAGCCUCUCAAACAAGAGCCCCUCAAACAGGAGCUGCCAAAGCCUGUCAUGAAAGAAGAGUGCAAACUUGAAGCUGCUAAACCUGAGCUACCUGAACCAGAGCCUCCCAAACAAGAGCCCCUCAAACAGGAGCUGCCAAAGCCUGUCAUGAAAGAAGAGUGCAAAGAUGAAGCUGUUAAAACUGAGCUACCUGAACCAGAGCCGCCCAAACAAGAGCCCCUCAAAGAGGAGCACGUUGAGAAAGCCGCAGCUGCCUCUGAGGAACCCAAAGCACAGGCGACAAAACCUAAAGCCUCAAAAUCCCAAGAGGCAAAAGCGAAGGCCGGCAAAGCCCAGCCUAAAAAACAAGGUUCAGCCAAGAAGAAAGGUUCUGCAAAGGGUCAGAAUAAAAGCUAAGCCAAAAUGUAUUACCAACGAAGUUUUUUUAAUCAUUUCUAGAUUAGUUUGUUUGUGUAGUUAGACAAGUCUGGCUGUUGACAAGUUUAAAGACCAAUUCACACUGCACUGACAGAUGCCAAUAAGAGGCAACGGACACGUUCGUAAGGUUUUGUCUGAUCAGUGUGUUACCCCUGUCAGCAUCUGUUGGUGUUGGUCUGUGCUUGUUUUUGCCAACAGAAUGUUGAAUCAGCAUUUAUCGAGUCUUGGAACGUCUGAGAAGUGACGUAGGCCUACUGUACUCGGUCGGCAUUGGUCUGUGUCUGUCUGUGCAGUGUGAAUUGGCCUUAUAAGUUAAUACAGAUGAUGACAGACUGGUCGUAGGACACGUUCCUUCAUGAAAGUUUACUAUAAGGAUACAUUUUUAGCUUUAUGAGUGUGAUACUUUUUUCCUCUUGUAAUACUUCUUAGUACCUUCAAAUAAACAUCUGUUCUUGACAA